AUGUCGACACCACCAUCACUUGAAAGUUUGAACGCAGCAAUCAGUGUCCUAGCACAACAAGUGACACAACUAAAUAACCAAGUUAACCCAACGCCGGAAGCUAAUUUCGCGCCAUUCGAAAUUAGAAACCCCACGACGGGGCACAUUGCUCAGGUGUCGCACGAGGAUCCGUUGGCUCUUCUAAAAACUAUAAACGACUACGAUGGAAACCCGAAUCUCCUUAACCAUUGGCUGAAUAAAGCGAGGAGGAUCAACCAAUUUUUUUUUGCAACGGAUUCGGAUACUCAACAAAAACAGGGUCAUUAUUACACAUUUCUGCUUGGACUAGAAUCCAAAAUUAUUGGACCUGCACAGGAAUACCAGCAAGAAAUUAUCAAAGAAGAUCAUCCAACCAACCGAAUAACAAUUUUCAACAACAAAGACAAGAUCAAAGAUUUCAGUAUCAACAACAAGGUACUUUAUACCAACAACGACAACACCAACGAGAUUUCCAACCGUUUCAAAGACAACAACGAAGUUUUGAGCAACGAGAAUUUCAACCAUUUCAAAGACAACAACACAGUUUUGAGCUACGAGAAUUUCAACCAUUUCAAAGACAACAACGAAGUUUUGAGCAACGAGAAUUUCAACCAUUUCAAAGACAACGAGGUUUUGAACAACGAGAAUUUCAACCAUUUCAAAGACAACAACGAGGUUUUGAACAACGAGAAUUUCAACCACAUCAACUGCGAGAUUUACAACAAUUACAACAAGACGGCGCCAGUGGUUGUGUGCAACAUGAGAACCAACAGUUCCAGCAACAACUUCAGCGUGAUCGAGAGCUAA